CGGCACACACUAACGAGCAAUCACCGGCCCAUCGUCCCCGGAUCUCGGAGCCCGGAGUCCACUCCGUCCUGAGUCCACCCCAACUGCUUGUUGGCCUCGGAGUUCCGUAAUAAAAAUGGCGCGCGUCGAGAUAGCGAGGCGUGUUUUGGCGGCUGUUUUCCUGCUGGUCCUGGCUGGGCCCGUCUGUGCCAACACUGAGAAGACGAUCUUCCUCGGUCCUAAGCCGGUCAACGUCGGCCUCUCUCACCCAACUCUCUCCAACCUCCGGCUCGACACUCUUACCACUCUCACCCCAGACAACGGAACCAUCCGGACACAGCUCAGCGCGCAAUUCCCGUCCGCAGAGCAACCCUCCGGCGCGGCAACGUGGCUCAUCCUGGACCGCCUCACGCCAAACCAGCGGUACGAAGUGCGAGUCUGCUGGCCGGCCUCAGUAAGUUUUGCCUUUCUCCACAUGAACUCCUGCCGACCGAAUGGACAAGGUUUUAACGCCACGCCUCAGCAACCAACCGAGUUCACCCUCGAGACCUUCCCCCUCUCCACAGUGCGGGACUCGCCCGAGCUGAUGGCUUCCCUGCACCACUACACCACAUCCCGGCAACUAGAGUCCAUUCCGGCAUCCAAACGCAGCAGCAGCAGCAGCAGCAGUAACAGUAGCACAGGCGAGCGCGAAGCAUCCAUCCUCCUCCUCCGGGUCCUCGCCGCUGCAGACUACUUCACCACCGAUGCCUCGCUCAUGAGCAGCGUGCCGCCGGUAGACGUGGACAUCAUCUUGGACCCUUUCCUCCUCAACGUGCUCCCCCGCUCCCUCGCUGGCACGGCGUGCUAUAUUGCUGUCCUGGCGGUGGCAGCGUACUUCCUCUCCAGGAGGAUAGUCUCAUGGAUGCAGGAACUGAUUGCUAGCGAUGCCACGCGACAGGAGAUCGUCCAGAAGAAAACUCAGUGAUGGGACUCGACAAUGAAGGCGGCGCUUAGUCGUCACGAUGCUGCUGGAGUCUAUGAACGGUCAAUAGCGAGAAGAAAAGGGCCGCUAACAACAAGCCCACAGAAUCCGCCAGGACAGAAACUGAACACAAGCAAACUGGCACUUCGCUCUUGGCCACAUGACAUAGCCGACCAAAC